AUGCUUCUAUACGCCAAGGUCGCCACUCCCAAAGUCCCCAAGAAGAGGUCUCGGUCAGCGGAGCUCUAUAUUGUGGAGCUUAUAGAUGAGAGGGUUUGGAUGCACACAAUGAAAAAGAAGUGCAAUGAAGAACGGCCAGCCUGCCAGCGAUGUGCUGAGAAAGACCUCGAGUGCAUCUACGAAUCCGUCAAACCUCGCCAGCGCAAGAGACACACCUCACGGGAGCCACUAAGCCCUCUUUCACCCAUCGCUCUUCAGCGCAGGCCACAGGCCCUAGACCUAGGGUUCCAGGAUCUUGACAACAACUUUAGCUUCUGGGCGGACGAGGUAGCAACGCCUGUCGCCGAGACCCCUACGCACGCAUCCCACGGAGAAGCGGCUUCCGAUGGCACCUUCCCGUCGACGAGGCAGCUCCUAUCUAGACACCAGGAAGCUCCUUACCCAUCUCUAGACCUCCCCUUGUUCUCCCCCGAUGCUUCUGCUGUAUUCGAGCUGUCUCCAUAUAGCGGCGGGGGCGGUGGUGAGGGUGAAGAUGAGGAAAUCCCCGCCCACACGCCUACCACGACCGAACUCGUCCCAUUAUCUCCCCACUACUCCCGGCGCGAAUCCUUCUUGGGCUCAUCGCAGCAUGCCAACCACUUUUUCCAGUUCUCCAUGCCUCUUGACUCCUUCAUCAACCCUCUAUACUCGGAGUUCUCCCAAGAGCAUCGGCACCGCACGCUGAUAGAUCACUUUAACAAUGUCCUCGCCCGCCUUAUCGUCCUCAACGAGGAAUCUGGUAACCCUUUCCAACGGUUGAUCCUACCAAUGUGCCAAAGUAGUGAUGCCGUGCGCAAUGCUGUUUUCGCCCUCUCGAGCGCCCACCGAGAAUAUCGGGGGCUUAUUGGACCUUGUGUAACGACCUUGGAUGCCGAAAACUCCACUUUCUUCUAUAACCAAGCUAUUCAAGGAAUAGCGAAGCUGAUUGAGGCGGGGACGAGCCGGAACAAGAACGAAUUGUUGGCGGCAAUCAUGCUUAUAGUAUACUAUGAGGUGCUCGUCAAAGAUGGCCAGACAAAUAUAGUAGACGGCCAUUUGAAGGGGGCCAUGCUCGUUUUGAAUGCCAGCGAGGAGAGCCUUGAUACGACUGGCGCAUUUCUAGAAAGGGCAUUCCGAUUCUACGAGGUCAUUGCCGCCUUGUCGUUUGGCACAGCGCCCCUAUCAUACGACGUCACAGCUGCGUUCGGAGCGACGAGGAAGGAUGGCUUAAACAGCGGCGUAGACACUCUGCUGGGGAUGGCCAGCACUCUUUGGCCUAUACUACAUAAGCUAUCCACACUUUUAUCAUUGAAGCAAGCCCUUGAAGCGAUGCCGCAAAGCGAGGCUGGCAGCACGAAGCUUUCAUCGCUAAGGGCCGAGUUCGAGACGAGGGCGUACUCGGUGGAUGUUGCCUUGAAGCGGUGGAAGCCCAACCUGCCGCAGCAGUUCUUUACGAUGAGCGAGGGCGAGCAAGGAGGGCCUGCGACUGAACAGCUUGGCACUUGCUCGGCUGGGUCAAGCGGCGAAACGACAACGGCAUCCGACCGCGCUCACCUCCAUUCGGUGCUGAACAACGCACUAGCGUACCAGCACAGCGCGAUUGUAUACUUGCAUCGCACGAUUUACGGGCACUCGAGAAGCCAUGCCCUGGUCCAGAGGCACGCGCACGUCUCGCUCACGCACUGCGUGGCGGCGGUCCGCAACGGCGGGCCCAUGGGCGCGCUCCUGUGGCCUCUCUUCGUCGCCGCCUGUGAGGCCGUCACGCUCGGAGACCGAGAUCUCGCGACCCAGGCCUUCCUCGCCGUCGAGCGCAGGCAGGGCAUGGUCAACAUUGAGCGGUCGUGGGCGGUCGUCCAGGAAGUUUGGAGAAGGGCCGACGCGGCCGAGGAGCUUUCAAGCCCUUCCAUGGCAUGGUGGGCAACGGGGCGUGACCUGUGGAGAAAGAUUAGUGAAGAGAUGGGCGUCACGCUCGUGCUAGGGUGA